UAUGGCUAGUGCGCCUGCGUAGGAGGCGGAGACUCCGGAAGCGGCUGUGAGAGCUGAGGAGGCCCGGGGCUUAGUCUUGGCAACGGGGCCGUGGUCUGGGCUUCGGCCGGAGACACCCCCGCCUCUGAGCCCAGCCCCCCGGAGCCCCGCCAUGAGCUGCCGGCAGCCUCUGCCGAGCGAGCGGGGAGCGCGACAGAGGAAGAGGAGACGGAAUGGCAGUGAAGAAGAUGGCCACAUCCCACAGACAAAGCGUAGUACCAGAAAUGCCGUCCUUCAGGACUCUUGGGAUACUGAGAAGGUGCCUGUAACGAAAAACUGUAAGGAAAGCAGACUAAAAGAAAACAAAGUGUCCUGUGCGUCCUCCAGCAGUGAUAGCAGCAGCAGUUGCAGUAGCAGUAGCAUCAACAGCCCUGACAGAGGAAGUGGUCCAGAAACCAGCUUAAACCAGAUAAUUGCAGCAUCCAGUCCUAUCACUCCCCCAUCCUUCCAUGAGCAGUCUGCACUAAGUCAAGGUCCUUACUUCCACAUCAACCAGAUCCUGAAGGAGGCACACUUUCACAGCUUACAGAACCGUGGACGCCCACCUACAUGAUGAACCAGCAGUUCCUUGCCUUCUGUGAAGGGACAGCACUGUGUAGAUUUGAUAUUUCAACUUAAAGUUUGUUAAAAUGAAAUUGCACAAAACGCCUGUUGCCUUUUCAGUCUAUAUUUGAAAUAACAGGUUAACAGGAAAUUUGUUUACUUGUGGUUUGCUGCACUAUUGCAAUGCAAAAGGGGCUUUGAAGCAAUUUUUAUAGGAUUAUUUUUUGGGGUUGGUAUCAAAUACAUGUACGAUGAGUCUGAGAAACCCACAUCUGUAUUAUAGGCGUGCAUAAUGAGUCCAAUUC